AUGACUUUUGCUCUUGCCAUGGUAUUGUAUCCAGAUGUUCAGAGACGCGCACAAGCGGAGAUCAACUCAGUGGUUGGCCGGGAUUGCUUACCUACCUUUGAAGACAGAAUGUCACUACCAUAUAUUGAAUCAGUUCUGUGUGAGACUUUACGAUGGCAGCCUGUCAUACCCCUUGGCGUCCCACAUGCCACUAUGAGUGAUGAUACAUAUAAUGGUUAUGUCAUACCGAAAGGUCUGUUAUUCUUAUUCACUGAGGGCAUUUCAUGGGAUAAAAAGUGGUACCCUGAAGCAUCUUGUUUUAUGCCGCAGAGAUUCCUAGAUGUCAAUGGCGCAUUAACAGAUGAUAACCCUGUUGGAUAUACUUUUGGCUUUGACCAGCGUGCAUGCCCAGGUAGGCUGAGUUAUUUCAUCACCAUAUAG